GCUGGUGUUACACAGAAUUGUUUCCCCCUGACUGUCACCGGUAAGUCCGUCAACAUGGCCUCUGCAGUGUGCGCAAGAUUUCUCCUUCACAGAUCAACAUCGGUGUUUCUGUUCUCGUCCAGGGCGGUACCCGCUUUCUCCAGCCCAUUUCUGUCUCGUGGUCAUAGACUGGAACCUGGUGAUGAUGAGUUGUACCAGCGUACUACGGUGUCCGUCAUGAAGAAGGAACCCGACGGAGGGAUCAUGAUCAACAGCUACAGUUCUGCUGGUUUCAGCAUUGAUGGUAACAGGGUGUUUGGUCCCUGUGCUCUGCUGCCUCCUGCUAUCCUGCAGUGGAAUGUUGGCUCUUAUAAAGACAUCACAGAAGAAAGCAUUUCACUCUUCCACAUGCUUGAACCAAGAAUAGAGCUCCUCGUGCUGGGUACGGGUGCACGGCUUGAACGGAUUGAUCCCUCGGUCCUCGCUCUUCUUAAGCGUAAAGGCGUUGCUGUGGAGGUGCAGGACACGCCGAAUGCCUGUGCAACCUUCAACUUCCUGGUUAGUGAGCGAAGAGUGGUGGCAGCUGGUCUGAUCCCUCCUUCUGCCAGCACAGCCCUCGAAGUGCAACAGGAAUAGGUGCUGUGUCAACAAGAUCUAGGACUGAUUGCUGCAGAUGGAAGAUGGAGGCUCACUGACUAAUGUGAUUGGUAUUCUACUUCUGCAAAAACCUCCCAAAGGAACAAACUCAGUUACAUCCAGCUCUGAUGCUUUGUUCCAACAGUUACUUUUUGUUGUAGAUUAAGACAAAGUCACCACUGUUACUUGGUUAUCUACGGCACAUUCUGUUGAGCUAACACCAAGUUCAGAUUUCUGUCCGAAGUCAAAACAAAAGUUUGACAGCAGUUUUGUGCACUGAUGACGUUGGGUGGAGCUUUUCAAGCAGUCAGCAUCUGUACAUGAGAAUGUUGCACAGCGCUGUUAUUAUGCCGGCAACCAAAUCUGGAUUUUAAAAUCUAGAUGUAGAGGUGAAAGCAGCUAUGUGUGCUUGUGAUUAACACAAACAAGUGCUCAGGUGAAUGUGAAGUGAGGAUGUCAAUGACAGAGAAUAAAGUUGACUUCUAUUGUUGUAUUUAAUUGCUAGUCUUCCAUGUAUAAAAUAUUUAUGGUAAAUGCUUUACAGGCUCAAGUGUGAUGCAUUUCAUGUAUUUUUACGUUGACCAUAAAUGUAUAGUAAGAUCAA